UAUUUGAUCUGCAUUUGUAAACAUUAAAUUUUCCAAAUAAAUUAAUUAUAAAAAGAUUAAUUAAAUUCAACGGAUAAAGUGAAUUCAACAAAAUCAAAAAUAACAUAUUUGGGGGUCAAAUUACAACUAAAACCCGACUUAUUUAUUUAAUUAAAAAAAAAAUUUGGACAUAUAAUGAUAGAUCUUCCCUUUUUUUUUUUUUUUGAAUGUUCACAUUCAUAAAAAGGUGAAUCAAAGACGGGUGAUGUAAACAUAAUGAACAAUUUCCGGGGGUGGAUAAGUGGAUAACCUGUCGAGCUGGAACCACUGAAGUUGCGAAAACACAAUGUAGAAGACGUUCUUAAACUUGGGUUUAGGAAAUGCUCCAUCUUCUAUUUUGUAUUUUAGCCAAAAGCGCUGCAUCUUUUAUUGUCAGCGCACCAAAUAAUGCGGUGAUUGCAGUCAGGGGUCGUCCAGCUGUUCUGGGUUGUUAUUUCAUGCCAGACCCUGAUCUAUCCAGUCUUUCUAUUGUUUGGCAAAGAAUGGAGGAUUCAAGGCUGGUGCACGUUUUCUAUGAUGAAGAAAACCUGCAAGAACAACAAAGUGCAGAGUACCACAGCCGGACCUCACUGUAUAUUUCAGAGCUUAAUAAAGGGAACGCCUCUCUCAGGAUAGAUGGAGUUGGACUAAAGGAUGAGGGUUGGUACGUGUGUAAAGUGAGAAACAAGAAAGGAGCAGGAAAAGUCAAAAUAAAACUGGACUAUGGAGCCUUUUAUUCAGAGCCCAGAUUAAGCAUCCAUGCAAACUCCUCCUCAGUGAGGGUGCAGUAUGAGACGGAGGGUUUCCCCAAACCUGAGGUGAUCUGGCAGGACGAACACAACCAGAGCCUCAGUCAUCACCUGGAGCUCCUUGACCACACAGAAGUUGGACUUUAUUUAGUAAAGAGCAGCUAUGAGGCCCAGACACCAGUAGUGAAAGUCACAUUUAUACUAAAGAACCACCUCCUGAACCAAAAGCUGCAGAAAUCAGUGAUCUAUAUUCCAGGAGACACUGAAGAUGGAAGCAUUGCAGUCAUUCUUCUCUCACUUGCAUGCAUCAUAUUGAGUGGACUCAUGGGAGCAUUACUAUUUACAAGAUGAGUGGGGCGAGGAGCACAUCCAUAUUACCUUAAUAUGCUAAAUGUGAAAAGGAAUAUGAAGGCAUGGUACUGAUUCUUAACCAUUUCAACUGUACUUACCCAUUGUUAACACCAGCAAGUGACCUACUCAGAACUGCAGCUUCUCCACGAUGGACGUCCUGCUUUCUCCAGCCUCAGGCGUCUAGACUGCAGCUCUGCGCAAGAAGAUUGGCCAGAGGUGAAAGUUUGUUCCACUGUCGCACUAGCUUGCUUGGUUUGGGACUUGUGGAGCUUGAUAUCGUUCGAUAUGCGCUACAGUGUUUAGGCUUUCAAGAGUGACAUUUACAUAAGACUAAACUGAACUUCAACUGUGGAACCUGAACUGACAUGGAUUCGAUUUAAUAAAACUUCUAUGCAAAGCUGCUUUUACACGAUUUCCAUUAUACAAGCACUAUAGAAAUAAAGAUGAAUUGAAUUGCUUGCCAUUUCAUUUUCAAUGAAUAACUCUUCACCAAUGAUGUUUAUUAUAUUUGAACUUUCACAUGAUUUUACAAAUUAUGGUGGUUACUGUAUUUUUUGCUAUUUCACACAUCUGUAUCUGCAAAUUGUAAGUGCUCAUAAAUGAAUCCGUUCAAAUCCGAUUUAAAUUGAAUACAACAGUAUUGUAACAUUAUAUUCUUACACAGUACUAUAGUAUUGUAUGUAUAAUUUCACGAGUAAUUUAUUCAUUUAUAUAUCAUUUCUGUAUUAGGUGCUUGGUGCUAAAGAGAUUUUGUUCAUAUUUCUGUGUAUGCAUGCUGAUUUUUGUAAAUUAAUUAUGACAGACUGUGAUGAUAGUGACAUUAAAAUUCAAAUAUAAAACCUUUGUUCUUUAAAA